GUUUUGCUUAGCUUGUCCCAGGCACUACCUUUUUUUUUCCCUACUAGUUGAAAGAGAAAAGGUGCAUGUUCUCUUCUUCAAAACCGCCCUAUUCUUCUUCCUAUUCUAUUUGCAUAUAGCAUUUGUUCUUGAAUCUCUUUAGCAUAGUAUUCGAUUGAGGAAAAACAAACAGGCGAGAGAAAAUUAAAAAAAAAAGUAGAGAAUGUUCCAUGCCAAGAAACCUUCGACUAUGAAUUCCCAUGACAGACCCAUGUGUGUUCAAGGAGACUCAGGCCUCGUUCUCACAACUGAUCCUAAACCUCGUCUUCGUUGGACUGUUGAACUUCACGAGCGUUUUGUUGAUGCUGUUACUCAGUUAGGUGGACCUGAUAAGGCAACACCUAAGACAAUUAUGAGGGUUAUGGGAGUUAAGGGUUUAACCCUUUACCAUCUCAAGAGCCAUCUUCAGAAAUUUAGACUGGGAAAGCAACCUCACAAGGAAUUCAAUGAUCACUCGGUGAAGGAUGGUGAUAGAGCAACCAGUUUAGAACUGCAAAGAAAUUCGGCAUCCUCAUCUGGAAUGAUCGGCCGCAAUAUGAAUGAGAUGCAAAUGGAGGUGCAGAGAAGGCUGCAUGAACAACUAGAGGUACAAAGACACCUUCAGUUAAGGAUUGAGGCUCAGGGAAAGUACAUGCAGACUAUACUGGAGAAAGCUUGUCAAACAUUGGGCGGCGAGGAAAAUAUGGCGUUACCAGCACGAACCUUUAAAGGCUUGGGAAAUCAGGGAGGAGGAAUAAUACCGGACAUUUCAGCUGCCUUUAAAGAAUUUGGGGCUCCUCCUCUAAGUUUCUCGUCAUUUCAGGACCUUAAUAUUUGUGGAGGACAUGAGCAACAGCUCGAGCUUCAUCCACAAAGUAGCAUGGGGGAAAGGUCCUCAUCCUUCGAAAGUUUCCUUGUUACUGAUCAUAACUUGUCUCUUGGAAAGAAGAGGCCUAGUCCUUAUAGCAAUGGGGGUAAUACCAAUGGAAAGAGCCCCUUGAUGUGGUCCGACGAUUUCCGUCUGCAAGAAUUGGGCGGAGCAACAACAAACUUAAUUUCACGCCCUAAUCAAGAUGACAUUAUUCAGAUGGCACCGCUUUCAAUGGAGAGGAGUUGCAAUCCCGAGCUUGAUUCUGUAUCUGACAUUUACGAGUCAAAGCCAAUGCUGGACGAAAAGAAAUUCGAUGCCAAGCUUGAGAGGCCCUCCCCAAGAAGAGCGCCCCAGCUUUCAAGUUUGAGUGCUCAAGGUGGACGAAACUCUGUUUUCGGGUAAACCUUGCCAAUUUUUUACACAGCAACCUUUUAAAUUUCUCAAGUAAUUAUUGUAGUAUUAUUAUGGAUUUAAGUUAUAUGCACUAAUAGAGUUAAAAGAAUUUUUGCACAAUUCGUGUAAUUUAAUCCAUUAUAGCAGGUUACUCAACAUUUAUUACUUCAAGAUACCUAUGAAUGCUUAUUAAAUAUA